CGUGAACUCCAGUCGCUAGGGGGCAGUGUGCACGUCACUGCGCAUGAGCCACUUUUAGCGCUGCGUCAGUCUUUCCGUUGAUAAAUCUACGUGGCUUCACACACAACGGAGUCAGUUUGUUACUUGCAGCUGAACAUUUGCGUCGUCCUUUGAUUUGUCAACACAGCCUCACAUCAGGAUGGAUCAGGUUAUGCAGUUCGUGGAGCCCAGCAGGCAGUUCGUCAAGGACUCCAUCAGACUCGUCAAAAGAUGCACAAAGCCAGAUAGAAAAGAAUUCCAAAAGAUAGCCAUGGCCACAGCAAUUGGAUUUGCCAUUAUGGGCUUCAUUGGAUUCUUUGUCAAACUCAUCCACAUCCCCAUCAACAACAUCAUUGUUGGUGGUUGAAUCAGCUGCAUUGUGAGGCCAAACGGACCUUCGGCUGCCUGAAAGUGUUGGAUAAUGGACUGAAUGCGAACAUUUGUUUAAAAAAAAGUUUUUUUUUUUGUGUUAACAUUUCUAUUUGGCUGUGUUAAUAAAUCAAAGGCUACACUA